AUGAGCUCCUCCCAGAUCAACCUCGAGAAUGCCGACCUCGAGAAGCUCAACGACAAGGACAAGACCGACCUGCGUCAAUUCCUCGCGAACGAGCAGCAGCGCUCCCAGAUCCAAGCCCAAACCCACAGCCUUACCCAGAUCUGCUGGACCAAGUGCGUUACCGGCGGCAUCAAGAACAACAAGCUUGACAGGAGUGAGGAGGGCUGCCUUGCCAACUGCGUCGACCGAUUUCUCGACAUGAACUUCCUGACGAUGAAACACCUCAACAACAUGCGAAACUAG